CAAAAUUCCUUCUGCUUGGAAUUUCGGCUUGAUUAAUACAGAACAUAGAGGCAAACACUUCAGUUGAUUGAGUGUGGAUUCCACUUACAACACUCUGAUUGCGCCCAGAUUUGUCCUUGAGCAGCGUCCUUGUUUCUAUAGAGUAGAGAGUACAGCAAACACCAUUGGCUUGCAGUGCCUCCUGAGGUGGGUCUUCUAAUCCAUGUUUGAGUCAAGAGUGCAUGAAAAAUAAAUGAGGCAGGGAAAAGCUUGUUUUUCUCAGAGAAAACAGAUUCCGUAUCUUACGCUUGAUAUUCAUUGCACCAAAAAAUCGAACCCUCCAUUUUUUAUGGAAUUCCCAAAGACCAUCGCCUCUGUAGCGAUCAUCACACGUAAUGAGAUUGUAUAGAUUUGUGGACUGCAGUCUAUUUACUCAUAUUUUCUAACAUUGAUUAUAUGGUAUCUUUAAUGCAUGCUGACAUGUAUUCCUUACAUGCUCUGAGGGAGACGUGUGGGAGGGCCUGGAGCUACUGCUGCUGCUGCUGAAACGUCCCCUGCCCAAAGAGGAAGUUCCUGUGGUGAGACAGCUCCAUGUGCCCAGGCUGGAAAACCUCUCAACAACUUCCUGUGGUCACCUCAGCUCCGUGACCCAGAAGAAAGGGUUCCUUAGAAACUGCCCCACCAGAAAACCAAUCUCCGCCCGGAGGAGCCAACAUGUGAUUUGGAGAUGGAGGAAUGGAGGAGGAGAUAGGAGCCCCUUUGAUGGGAGAAUCCUCUGUCCUGGACUCCUGGGUGAAUCAAAGUGCCAUGAUGAUGGAUGAAAAGGAGGCGGCACUGAACUCUAUCAUGCAGGACUUGGCCGAACUGCAACGCUCCUGCCGCCCUGCCAUGUCUCUGUCUGACCUGGGCAAACCCAAGACCUCCUCCCCAAAGAACCAGAACGAUGUACGAGUGAAGUUCGAGUUCAAAGGGGAGAAAAGGAUCUUGCAGUUUCCUCGCCCAGUCAAACUAGAUGACCUGGAGCAAAAGGCCAAGGCGGCCUUUGGUCAAGCAAUGGACCUUCAUUACACCAACAACGAGUUGGUGAUUCCCCUGACCACUCAAGAUGACCUGGACAAGGCUGUCGAGCUGCUGGAUCGCAGUAACCACAUGAAGAGCCUCAAGAUCCUUCUGGUGCUCCAGGCCUCAUCUCAGUCGUCUUCAUCGAGCCUGGAUCGGCCCUCCUUUGAAGACCUGGACAACACAGGCUUCAGAGGCGCAGAGAUAACAAAGAACAUGUUGGCUUUGUUAGGGUCCCACUCCACGGAUCGCAGCUCCCCACCUCCAGGCUACAUUCCUGAUGCCCUCCAGCAGGUGGCCAGGAACGGGUCCUUCACCAGCAUCUACAGCGAGGGCGAGUUCAUUCCAGAGAGCAUGGACCAGAUGCUGGACCCGCUGUCCAUGAGCAGCCCAGAGAACUCAGCAUCGGGGAGUUGUCCUUCGCUCGACAGUCCCCUAGACAGCGAUUAUCCCAAGUCCCGUAUGCCCAGAGCACAGAGCUACCCAGACAAUCACCAAGACUUCACGGAAUGUGACAUCCCCGUGUUUGAGAAGUCGGGGAAAGGGGGGACGUACCCGCGGCGGUACCACGUCCCCUUCGGCUUCCAGGACUACAGCGACGGCCGCAAGACCUUCCCUCGCGCCCGCCGGACCCAGGUCCACGGCUUCCGCUCCCCGGUCAACUUCAGCCCCACGGAGCAGUCCCCCAGCACCAGCAGCGGCAGCAGCAUCUUCACCCCCGAACUGGAGGAGCCGGGUCGCAGGCGCAGGGGCAGCGACAUCGAGCCCACCCCCACGCCCACCCUCUCCGUCAUGGACAUCAGUCCCCCCAGCCGCUCUCCGCGCGCGCCCACCAACUGGCGCCUGGGCAAGCUGCUGGGCCAGGGGGCGUUCGGCCGGGUGUUCCUGUGCUACGACGCCGACACUGGACGAGAGCUGGCCGUCAAGCAGGUCCAGUUCGACCCGGAGAGCCCGGAGACCAGCAAGGAGGUGAGCGCUCUGGAGUGCGAGAUCCAGCUGCUGAAGAACCUGUGUCACGAGCGCAUCGUCCAGUACUACGGCUGCCUCCGCGACUCCAACGAGAGGACCCUGUCCAUCUUCAUGGAGUACAUGCCGGGGGGCUCCAUCAAGGACCAGCUGAAGUCGUACGGCGCCCUGACCGAAAACGUCACGCGCCGCUACACCCGCCAGAUCCUGGAGGGCGUCUCCUACCUGCACAGCAACAUGAUCGUCCACCGGGACAUCAAAGGGGCCAACAUCCUGAGGGACUCGGUGGGGAACGUGAAGCUGGGGGACUUUGGGGCAAGCCGGCGGCUGCAGACCAUCUGCCUGUCGGGGACAGGCAUCAAGUCUGUGACCGGCACCCCCUACUGGAUGAGCCCGGAGGUGAUCAGCGGAGAGGGCUACGGCAGGAAGGCCGACAUCUGGAGUGUGGGUUGCACCAUCGUGGAGAUGCUGACCCAGCGCCCACCCUGGGCCGAGUUCGAGGCCAUGGCGGCCAUCUUUAAGAUCGCCACACAGCCCACCAACCCCGUGCUGCCCGUGUACGUGUCGGACCACUGCCGCGACUUCCUCAAGCGCAUCUUCGUGGACACCAAACAGAGGCCUUGGGCCGACGACCUGCUGAGGCACUUCUUCGUUCACUAGCCCCCCCCCACCACCCCCCCCCCCCCCCCCCGAUCCCCCUGAACUGCCAGGAGGCCUUAUCCACUCGUUCUCUCUGACCCCUUCCUCUUCAGCAUCGCGCAGAGACUCCCAUGUGACCACACAGACAUUCUGGGAGAAUCUGUGGGCAGGAGGAGAGAGAAGGUUGCUGUGAGACAGGACUUACCUAGUCUCUGUUUGACAGAGUCUGCCAUGUAGGAACAUUCAUGAUCGACAGAACGUUGCACCUUAAUUUCACAAAUGGGGGUAAGUGCCCUGUAAUGAACUGAACUUCAAAAGCGUGUCUUUUAAAAAAAAAAAUGUUUGUACCGUUGCCUCCUGCGAUGUUGUGAGCGUGCGCGUGCUCUGGAUCUCAACGGAGAUUGGAAAUGACCUGGAGUGUUCCGGACCCCAACCCAGAAUGUACCGCCAAACCCCCCCCCCCCCCCCCCCAGAGCGCUCGGCUCUUGGGACACGCUGCUAUCGAACAACUCACCCGCCACCUGGAAACACAGUGGUGUCGGAGAACACUCCCACACACACACACCCAGACGCUUCUUCGGCUCGGGUCCGUCGUUCCCUGGCUCUGCCGCCGUCGCCCGACAAAGCCCCCAGCAGAAGUUACCCCCCUCCCCAGACCACACAGUUCUUUACUGUAGAAUUGCCUAUGCUGAACAUGGAACUGCGUCCAGACAUGGAUUUGUUUCCGCAACUCGUGCGUCUGUCUGUUUUUGUCUGCUGAGGUUUCUGCCAGGUCGUCUGUCACCACCUCCCCCCCCCCCCUCCCUCCCCUACCCUCCUCAUGUCCUCAUUCUUUGCCGUGUGCCUUUUUAAGUCGAAAAAUUGUGUCCCGGGUUCGAAGCCUCCCUACGUUGUUGUUGUUGUUGUUCGGUGCGCGUGUCCGUGUGUCGGAACCGGUUGAGACCGGUCCGCCAGGGGAUCCCGUCCAGGUGGUUCUCUGGUGCCCAGCCAGGAGCCGACGCAACACUGCUUCCUUCUGGCUCUGCUGCUCUGCUCAGCUGCCUCUCACCUCCCUCUGCUGUCCCGGCAGACUGGUCUCAGAUCAGCUCCGACGCUGCUGUCGGCCCUCACCUCGCUCAGAGGCCCAACCCCCCUCCCCAACAGGUCCCAGACCAGCUCAGUUACCUACAGCCUCAGAACACGCCAGAGCAACAGUGGCCCAGCCCUGACUCUGUGAUUGGCCAGAGGUCGACGACGUGAUUCGUUACUGAAGAGUAACAGAUAAGAGAUGUUGAUCAGUGAAUAUUCUUCUCGGCCCAUCACUAUCAGGUACACAUUACCCUAAAGGUUCUAUGAGUGACACCAAGAAAAUUCCGAUUGCUGAUCUCAAUGAGGUAUAAGGGAAACGCAGUGAGUACCGCUGUAUGCAGAAAGGCGAAGGUAAAGAAUCCGACUGACGUUGGCUCGCCAUAUGCAGUGCCCCUAUCCUCUCCUCCUGUGCACUCCACAAUGUGUUUACGUGUCCAAUGUACUGCUGCGCUGAGCAGUUCCCUUGAGAUUCCCUGUUCCGAGCGGAAAACCCAGUUCCACGAGGCCACUCCAUAUUGUAGGACAGUGUUACGUCUCGUGUCCACACACUCCCUCACACACUCCUCGCCUGCGUUGCUCAGCAGAGAAUGCUCCUCCGCUGGGCUUUUUACAUUUUUUCUUUCCGAGGUCACGAUGACCCCUUAACCCUUGUGUUAUCUUCGGGUCAUUGUGACCCACCGUCGUAUUGCGACAACGUUACCGCAUACAUGCUUUUUCUUUUAACCGCUGGGCCGUCUCAGACCCCCCCCCCCCCCCCCCCCCCCCCCACA